AAAAAAAAAAAAAAAAAAAAUUAUUUAAAAAAUGAGGUUCUCAGAUAUCAGAAAUUUCCCUCUCUUCGGAUACAUCAGCGAAAAUAAACUAUCCCGUGAACGCAAAAAAUAGCGAUGUCUAAAUUUCCUGCCAUCUUGAAUGCCACGGAAGAGGAUAUUCAACUUCUCCUUUCGGCAACUUGCCAUCUUGGUGCAAAGAACUUGAACGUUCAAAUGACUCCUUACGUUUGGAAACGUCGUGCUGACGGUGUUCAUAUUAUUAAUAUUGGUAAAACAUGGGAAAAAUUAAUUUUUGCUGCCCGUAUUAUUUGUGCUAUUGAGAAUCCGGCUGACGUAGUAGUAAUUUCAGCACGUCCAUAUGGUCAAAGAGCUGUAUUAAAGUACGCAUCAUAUACAGGAGCGCAACCUAUCGCAGGAAGGUUCACACCUGGUACAUUUACCAAUUACAUUACAAGAUCAUUUAAAGAACCAAGAUUGAUUAUAGUUACAGAUCCGAGAACCGAUCAUCAAGCCAUUAAAGAAGCAUCAUAUGUUAAUAUUCCAGUGAUUGCAUUAACAGAUACUGAUUCACCGUUAAGAUAUAUUGAUGUAGCGAUUCCAACAAAUAAUAAGGCAAAACAUUCUAUUGGUUUAAUUUAUUGGUUGUUAGCGAGAGAAGUAUUAAGACUUCGAGCCACCAUUCCGCGUGAAACACCUUGGGAUGUUAUGGUUGAUAUGUUCUUUUACAGAGAUCCUGAAGAGGCUGAAAAAGAUGCAGAAGCUAUCCCUGAAAAACCGUCAUUUAAUACUUUUGAACCCUCUACUAGUAAUUGGGAUAAUGAACCUUCAUCGGAAUGGGAUGCUUCAGUUACUAAUCCUGCUCCCGGUAGUGUAAAUCCUGCCGUAGCCGCAAUUGCUACUAAUUCUACUAGUUGGGAUACUCCUGUUGAAGAACCUAGUAGUAGUUGGGAUAGUGGUGAUGCACCAAAUACUUGGGAAGGUGAAACUACCACCAAACCUAGUGGUGGUGGUGGUUGGGGUGAAGAAACUACAGCUACAACAACUACAACAAUUACAACUAGCACCUGGGAUACUAAUCCUAGUAGUAGUGGUGGUGGUUGGAAUGAGACUCCCGUUGCUCCACAAACUGGUGGAACUGCUGGAACUGCUGGUAGCUGGGAUGAAACUCCUGUUGCCCCCCAACCUACCGAAACUACUACCACUACCACUGGUAGUUGGGAUGAAACUCCUGUUGCCCCACAAUCUACAUUUGGUGGAGAGGAUUUUACUACUAGUACUACUGGUAGUGGUAAUUGGGCCGACGAACCUGCAGACAAUACUAAUAGUGGUUGGAAUUAAAAUUAAAUUCAUUGGAGUAAAUGUUUAUUAAAGAGAAAAGUUUUAUGCAUUAUUAUAUAUUAUUUUUUCUUUAUCUUUAUUUUAUUUUUCUUUAAUGAUUGGAAAAAGUAUGUAAAGGCUUUUAUUUUACUUAUUAAAAAAAGUUUUUUGAAAAAAGUAAAAAAUUUAUUCUUUUUCAUUGACCAUAUAAAAGUUUUCAGUAUUCGCUUGCAACAUAUUCAUUAAAGAGAUAGUAAUAUAAUGUGAAUUAUCUCAAUUUUACAGAAAAUACUGUAUGUCGAGAAUAAUAAUAUGAAUAAAUAUAAAUGCCAAAUCCUUUAAUAUAUAAUAAAAAAUUACUAAGUCCCCUGAAAACAUAAAAAUUCAUUAU